AUGGAACCAGCUGAAAACUCUCGUGCUGACCAGACCAUCGAGAAACCACCAUUUGAAUGCGAUGUUUGCUUCAAGAGGUUCACUAGAGAGUCUACUUUGAUUGAUCACCAGAUAGUGCACACUGGCGAAAAACCAUUUCAAUGUGAUGUAUGUCACAAGAAAUUCGCACGCAAGGUUCGCUUAGUUGAACAUCGUAAUGUGCACACUGGCCUCAAGCUAUUCGAAUGUCAAUAUUGUCAGAAGAAAUUCAACAGAAGAAACAAUCUGACCAAACACAUCAGGAUACACACCAACGAGAAACCGUUCGAAUGUGAAGUAUGCCAUAAGAGGUUCAUCGAGAGGUGUAGACUCAUGGAUCACACCAAAAUUCACACUGGCGAGUAUCCAUUUGCAUGUGACGUUUGCCACAAGAAGUUUCCAUCGAGAAAUAAUCUGUACUGUCACAUUAAACUUCAACAUGGCGAGAAACCGUUCCAGUGCGACAUAUGCCAGAAGAAAUUUGCACUUGAGGUGCACUUGACGGCGCAUCAUAAUACGCACACUGGCCUGAAGCCUUUCGAGUGUGAAGUUUGUCAGAAAAGGUUCAACUCUAGGAAUAAUUUGAACAGUCAUUUGUCACUGCACAAGAAUGAGAAAACGAUUGAGUGCGAUGUUUGCCAGAAAUUAUUGAGUUCAAAAAGAGAUUUGAGCAAACAUUACAUCAGUGCGCACUCCGAAAUGAGACCUUUUAAAUGUGAUAUAUGUCUGAAGGAGUUCAAACAGCGGUAUCACUUGUCCCGACACUAUGCAUUACAUAAGGGCGAUAAACCUUAUGAGUGUGGCGUUUGCCACAAAAAGUUCACAAACAAGAACUAUUCAUAUCAACACAUGAAAGUGCAUACUGGGGAGAAGCCGUUCGAAUGUCAUACUUGUCAGAAGAAAUUUACUAAUAAGAUCGACUUGACAAGGCACAUAAGAGUGCAUACAGGCGAGAAACCUUACGAGUGUCAUGUUUGUUUGAAAAGAUUCAGAUUGAAAAGUCAUUUGGCCAGUCACAGUAAAACUCGUCAUAUGGAGAUACCUUUGGAAACUUCUGAUGCCAAGGGUAGCGGAGACCAUUCUGAGAUAAAAAUAGAAAAUUGCUUGUUAGUAGACAAAGUGAAACUUGAAGUCCAGGACACAUUCCAACAAACAUACGCUGACUUUGAAAAUGAAUGUGUAAAAAAGGAAUGUAAACUUGAGAUAAUUCGUGAUGAACUGGAAUUGGACAAUUCCGAACAAUUCGUUGAAAUCGAGAAAAAAGAAGGAGACAGUUAUUAUUAA